GAAAUAAAAACCCAGCUGAAGAUGAAGCAUGAUGCUCAGGUCACUUUGUACAGAAAAUACAGGCAAGGAGAUCUCCCUGACAUCCAGAUUGAAUUUAGCAGUCUAAUUACUCCUCUGCAGGUUGUGGCACAGAAAGAUCCCACGCUGGCUAAACAACUCUUCAGCAGCUUGUUUAGUGGAAUUCUGGAAGAAAUGAAAAAAUCCAGGUCUUUGUCUGAGAGAAAUAAUAUCAUCCAGCAGUUGCUGCAUGUCUUCAAUCAGUUUUUAUCCACAACCGUGUUGUAUUUCCCACCAUUUAUAGCUUGCAUCCUGGAAAUGACCUAUCAGCACAAAGAGUUGCUGGGCCUCACCUCUUCCAGUGUAAGUACUAGCUGUUUAGCAAGUUUACAGCAACCGGUAGGCAUCCUGCUUCUUGAACAAGCUUUAGUUCACCUUUCUCCUGUGGAGCAGCAGCCACCCUCCAAGAGAAUGCGUGGAAAGACAGAACUUUCACCGGAUGUGACCAGGUGGAUUGAACUUGCUAAGCUUUAUCGAUCUGUUGGAGAUUAUGAUGUUCUGUGGGGUAUUUUUAGUGGAAAGAUUGGCACGAAGGAAAUUACUCAGAAGGCUUUGUUGGCUGAAGCAAAAAGCGAUUAUGCUGAGGCAGCUAAACAGUACAAUGAGGCACUCUCUCUACAAGACUGGCCAGAUGAAGAGCCAACAGAAGCAGAAAAGGAUUUUUGGGAACUUGCAUCUCUUGAAUGCUACAACCAUUUGACAGAAUGGAAAUAUCUGGAAUACUGCUCAACUCUGAACAUUGAUAAUGGGCAACCAUCAGACCUAAAUAAAAUAUGGAGUGAUCCAUUCUAUCAGGAGGCCUAUUUACCUUAUAUAAUUCGCAGCAAGUUGAAACUUCUCCUUCGUGGCGGCAAUGACCAGUCUUUGUUGACAUUUAUUGAUGAAGCUAUGAAAGCAGAAGAGAAGAAAGCUGUUAUAGAAAUGUAUUAUAGUCAAGAGUUGAGUCUUCUCUACAUUUUACAGGAUGAUUUUGACAGAGCCAGAUACUAUGUCAAAAAUGCCAUGCAAGUGUUCAUGCAGAACUACUCCAAUACCGAUUCACUAUUGUACAGUAGUCGCAUGACCAAACUGCAGUCAGUUCAGGCUUUAACUGAAAUACAGGACUUUGUCAACUUUAUAAGUAAACCAAGUAAUUCAACUUCUCAGGCUUCUCUUAAGAGAUUUCUCAAUACUUGGACAAGCAGAUACCCUGAUACCAAAAUGGAUCCUAUGAAUGUUUGGGAUGAUAUAAUUACAAAUCGGUGCUUUUUCCUUGACAAAAUUUGGGAGAGAUUUUCUAGUACCAACCUAGAUGAUAGCAUGGAAUUAGAUACAACUUUCAAUAUGGAAGUGGACAAUGAGAACGAAGAUAUGCAUUCAGUGAUUAAAAACUGCAAGUUUGCUAUGAAAAUGAAGAUGAUAGAGUGUGCUAGGAAACAGAACAGUUUCUCAGUAGCCUUAAAGCUUCUGAAGGAUUUGCAUGGAGAUUCUAAGACCUGUGAAGAUUGGCAAGUGAGAUGGAACCACAGCUAUUGCUGUUUUAGCCACAGUCGCAGCCGGAGUCAAAAUAGUCCUGAACAAAUUCUUACAGUACUCAAAACUGUCUCUCUACUGGAUGAGACUAAACCGAGCAUGAACAAUAAUGCCGUUACUUUCCGUAACCAAAACCUCCUCUUGGGUACCACUUUUCAUAUAAUGGCCAGUGCCCUUUCCAAGGAUCCAAGAUGCCUUGACCAAAUUGAAGAAGAAAAAGCUAGAAAAGUCUUGAUGCUUUCAGAAGAAAGACCUGAUAAUAUUGAAAAGGUGAUAGCAGGGCUGAACAAGAGAGCUUUUCUGUGCUUCAGUGGGGCUGUGAAAAAAGCAGAAGAAGAGGUACAGUCCAUGUCAUUUGACCACAUAGAUAUAAAUGGAAUCAUCGAUGCUUAUAUGACAUUGGCUAAUUUCUGUGACAGUCAUCUCCGCAAAGAAGAACAAAGUUCAGCAGAUGUAAACACUGAGGAUUUGCAGAAAUUUCCAGCAAUCAUAGUGGAAAAAGUAAUAAAAGCUUUGAAACUAAAUUCAAAUGAAGCUAGAUUAAAAUUCCCCAGACUAUUGCAAAUUGUAGAGAAGUAUCCAGAAAGAAUUUUGGAAUUCAUGGCAGAAGAGAUUUCUUCAGUUCCCUGUUGGCAGUUUAUUGGUUGGAUCAGCCAGUUGAUGGCAAUGCUGGAUAAGACGGAAGCACCUGCCGUUCAGCGUAUAGUAGAAGAAAUUGCUAACAGUUACCCACAAGCAAUAGUGUAUCCCUUCAUGAUCAGCAGUGAAAGUUUUUUUUUCCCGGAAACUGUCGUAGGUCAUAAAAAUAAGGAGUUUGUAGCAAGAAUAAAGAGCAAGUUGUAUGAAGGAGGGGUGGUACAAGAUUUUGUCCAUUCCUUGGACCAGCUUUCCAAUCCAGCAAUGCUGUUCAAGGAUUGGAUGGAUGAUGUCACAAAUGAGCUGAGGAAAACUAAGAAAAAUGCAAAUAAUAUUCAGCAAUUGUAUGAUAGAAUGUACCAAAAACUUGGAAAGCUAGAGGCUCCAGGUCUUGGGUGGUUCAGAAAGCAAUUUAUUAAAGAAUUUGGAAAGGAAUUUGAUGAUCAUUUUGGAAAAGGAGGUUCCAAACUGCUAGAUAUGAACACCAACACCUUCAGUAGAGUUGCACUUUCUCUCUUUGCAAAGAUGAAGAAAUGUGAGAAAGAACCUGGGAAUCUAAAGGAGUGCUCCCCUUGGAUGAGUGAAUUCAAACCAGAUUUCUUGAGGACUGAACUGGAAAUCCCUGGUCAGUAUGAUGGUAAAGGAAAGCCAUUGCCGGAAUAUCAUGCAAAAAUUUCUGGAUUUGAUGAGAGGAUAAAAGUAAUGCAAUCCAUCCGGAAACCAAAGCGUAUAGUUAUCCGAGGCCAUGAUGAGCGGGAAUAUCCCUUUCUUGUGAAAGGAGGAGAAGAUCUCCGGCAAGACCAGCGCAUUGAGCAGCUCUUUGAAGUUAUGAAUAACAUUCUUUUACGAGAUGCUGCCUGCAGCCAAAGAAACAUGCAGAUAAAAACGUACCAAGUUGUACCAAUGACAACCAGAUUGGGACUGAUUGAAUGGCUUGAGAAUACCUGUACAUUAAAGGAGUUCCUUUUGAAAAACAUGUCUGAACAGGAAAAGAAUUAUUAUAACAGCCCCAAAGGUCCUUGUGCUGACUAUAGGGAUUGGCUGUCCAAGAUGGGGGAAACAGAUGGAAUUGAACGUUACAUGACCGUGUUCAAAAGAGCUAGUCGAACAGAAACAGUGAUAUCUUUCCAGCGUCGAGAAAACUCUGUUCCUGAAGAUCUGCUAAGGAAAGCCUUUGUUAAAAUGAGUACAACUCCAGAAGCCUUGCUAUCUCUGCGAUCCCAUUUUGCCAGCACCCAUGCACUGCUCUGCAUCAGCCACUGGAUUCUUGGCAUUGGUGAUCGACACUUAUCAAAUUUUAUGAUCAGUACAGAGACUGGAGGCAUGGUGGGGAUAGACUUCGGACACGCGUUUGGUUCAGCAACACAGUUUCUGCAAGUUCCAGAGUUGAUGCCUUUCCGUUUAACUCGCCAAUUUGUUAAUUUGAUGUUGCCAAUGAAAGAAUCUGGUCUUAUAAACAGUGUGAUGGUACAUUCCUUAAGAGCCUACCGUAUAAAUCAAGAUGUUCUCAUUAAUACUAUGGAUAUAUUUGUAAAGGAACCUUCUUUGGAUUGGAAAAAUUUUGAACUGAAACAGUUGAGAAAAGGUGGCACAUGGACAAAGGAAAUAAAUACAGAUGAAGUGAAUUGGUACCCUCUACAAAAAAUAAAAUCUGCAAGAAGGAAGUUGGCAGGGGCUAAUCCAGCCGUGAUUACGUGUGAUGAGUUACGCCUGGGCCAUGAGAAAUCUGAGGCCUUCAGGGAAUAUCUGUCUGUAGCACAAGGGAGCAAACAGUUCAACAUCCGGGCCAGAGAACCAGAGGAUGACCUUACAGAAGAAGUACAAGUGAAAUGCCUUAUUGAUCAAGCCACUGACCCAAAUAUCCUUGGCAGAGCUUGGGAAGGAUGGGAACCCUGGAUGUAAAAGACAAGAAAGUUGUGGCUCAUCAGUGCUUAAGUGACCUGGAGGUGAAGACUAUAUGGACUGGGUAUUAUUUUCUAUAACAAAAAGUAUUAAAGCACACAUUUCAAAUUGUGAUGUAGUAAUAGAAUGUUAUGUAUUUCUUGGCAAUUCUGUAAAACUGAUUUUUGGAAUUACAUAUAAAAUUAAGAAAACAUGAAGCAUGAUGCUUACAGCUCAGGUAUACAUUAAAUUGCUGACAUUAAUGAAAGGAGAGAUACCUAAACUUAUUUCUCAAAAAGUUAAAAAAAGCUAGUAAGAAUAAAUUAGUUAUUAUAUUAACAAUGAAAUAUUAAACAAAUUUGUGAUACACUGAAUUGAUUUCACAGUAGUGGCAUAUUACCUGUAAAUGGGUAUAAAUAUGGCUAUUAAUGUAAUUUUUUAUUUAAAUUACAUGAGCAGAAAAAAUAGUUGUAAAUUAUGUUGUUCAGAAGAGUCACAAUAUAGUUUAGCGUAGACUACAUACAAGCAGUGUUGUGUACAGAGCACUUUGAAUAAAUUUCAGUACAUACUUCAAGUUCUGCCAUUCCUUGACACAAAUAUUAAUGAUGAUUAUUAGCAAAAUUGAUCAUUCAUGAAGAUGUUAUUUCUAGAAUGAGUGGAGUUUUAAAAUGAAACUAAAAGUAACAAAAUCUGUUGACCAUAAGGUCCUACAGUCUAUUAUAGAAACCAGGCUAGAGACAGAAAAAAAAAAGUGCCUUUGAAAGAUUUGUCAUGGAGCUCUAUCUGUAAACAUACUUCCAAACACAGCUUAGAAGACUUCCUCAUGAACAUCACAAAAGCAAUGUACAUUUACUUACAUGUCCUGUUUCAGAUAGUACUAGGUAAAACAAUCUGUUUUUAGGGUGAACAAAAUCAGCAAAAUAUCUGGAAUAAAUAAUACUGAACCUAGCACAAUAUUUACUUUUUAAAAUAUGGUAUGGAGUAUUUGCUAUACUGACCUUCAUGCUGUAUUUUUAAAAACAUACAAAUGCAAAUCCUGAACAUAAUGAUUCAGUUGGCAGUGUCCAGGUGUCAUUUUGAUUCUGUCCUUCCUACAAGGGUAAAGUGAAGUCUCAACCUCCAAACCAGUGUGAAACGUUCAUAUAAUCAAUAUUACAUGGGUAUUAUUAAAAGAUGGCUUGGUUCUGCAGCAUCCAUAUCAUUUUCCAGGACUGACAGAAAUGUUUGUCAGUGUUUUCCCCUCCCCCUGUGAACGAUGGGAGAGAUCUGACAAAACUAAAGUGGGAAAACACAUCCAUGCCCUUCCUCAAUUCUGCCCUUUCUGAGUAUGUCAGGCCUUGGAAUAAGGCAGUUCUUCUACCUUCAGAUCUCCCUCUCAGUCUGGGUGCAUUGUUUGGUAAAUAUCUAUAAUGAAUGUUUAAAAUCGUUUUCUCUUGGAGACAAAUUUGCACUGUCUUCUCUUUUUAGAUUUGUAUCAAUAAAGAUGUUCUAUUUUUGAAGCAGUACUGUGAAGAAAAUAAAUAAUAUGAAGUCCAGUGAACUCUGCAGCCAAAGACUCAGAUGCCUGCCUUAAAUGAGGCAUUAAUCUGUACUUCUGCCCAUUCUUUCACUGACUGAGCACUUUGACCUGUAGGCUUAAAGGGCAAAGUUCUAAGCUUAUAAUUUAACCAAGUCCUUAAUCAUAAUGCAUGCAUAGUAGGGCACUCUUGUGGAAAUUACUUCUUGUUAUAAUCUCAAUAUUCUGAAUAUCAGACAGAGGUAUAUUAAAGGCAGAAGGAAGAUAUGGUUGCCAAACAACUUAACUGUUCAAGCUAACAGUAUAGUUUUGUUUCUGUCCCAUCUAUUCAAUAUCUACUACACUCAAUACUAUUAAAAUAUUACCCUUGUUUCUUAUAUUAACAAAAUAAUUCUUCUUAUGUUAAUUUGGUGUUAAUGUACCCACAUAAAGGAAGAUAGUAGCUGCCUAACUUCCUUUAUGUGGGUUCACAAACUUUGAAGUACCCCAAAAUCCCUAAGGUUCAAAAGUGGGCUGAGCAUACACUGCAGUGACAGAGUGCUGAUGGCUUAGGGAAAAACUGAAGUCUGGCGUGAAAGAAUAGGAAAUUGAAUGGGUUAUCUAAGAUCAUGUAAUGUUAAACAGGAAACACUACAUUGCAACUGUUUGCUGCAAGUCCCACUGUCCCCUCAAGUAAUAGCUCAGAAAUAAGCUGGUCCAUUCAAAGGUAAGAUAGACUUGCUUCUGGUUAGUACUUAGAAGGGAGACCACCAGGAAGUCCCAGGAUUAUAAAUUAGACAACCCUGGGGUUUUAACUGGAAAGAGGCCAAAAAAAAAACCCCUUGAAAGUACUUGUAUACUGUUGCCAGGAAAACAACAGAGAUGUGUCCAUAUAGUUACCAGGAGUCCAACUCAUCUUGAGGGAGAUUUUACCUUUUUCCAUACAAUAGUGAAAAUGCUUAUAAGAUGAACAGUCUUUAAAUGUAAAAGCUAAAAGACAAUUUUUCCAAACAGCCUGAUAAGUAUCUGUACGCUUUCAAAAGGGAGGGAGGGAGAAUUUAGUUUCCUUUGAAUAUUACUUCAUUAUAGUUGCAUGUGUGUGAGAGGGAGGUGUUUUCUAUCCUACACUAUAUGGUGAUGUCUCCAUUCUCAUAAAUUAAAUUCUACUGGCCUAUCUGGGAUUAUCUUUGAUUGCUUUAAUAAAUUUUGAUAAUUUUUCCCUAAAAAAGAAUUUGUUAUGUCCUGUAAGUAUUCUAUCAGUUGCUAUGAGUGUCUUUCAGGCCAUAAAGUGAGAUAUAAAUGCUUUAAAUUAAGGGUGGAAAACUUGUAGCUAUCUAAAGUUGCUGAUAUAUAACUCCAUGGUGGCCAUGCUGGCUGGGGCUUCUGGGCUUUAUAGGUUUCACCAGUGGUCUAUAUGAACAGAUGUGAUAGAACAUUAAUUUCUGCCCUUUACAAUAGUGCUCUAAUAACCAGAUUUGGUGGGGAAGUAAUUUCGGGUUGAUUGGUUUAAGAACUAUCUAGGAUUGACCCCCAACUCACCAAAAUUGCUAAGAAUAUCAGAGAGCUUGUCAUAGAUGUGUUUGCUGUGCCAGAAACCAUGAAGACCACAGAGAGGAACAUCCAGUUCAAGUCAUGCAGACAUAGAAACUAAGAAGAAACGCUCAAGAUGCUGAUGGUACUUCAGAGGACUGCAAAAUGAUUAUUAAAAUAUACUGGUAUUGCCUGUCUGCAACACGCAAUAGAUACAGGAUCAAUUUACUCUGGUGAAAAUUGAUACCUUACAAUUUUUUGUUAGAAUUUAAUUCAUAUUAAAUUUGCUCCUGGAUUUAUUUUUUUAAAAACAUGGUUAGCUUAUGCAAAUGAUUUCAUUUCUUUUAAGUUUUUAUUUACAUGAAGUUUUUUGUCUGUCAGUAUCAAAUUCUCUGGAUAAUCAAAUGGAAUAAAAAGCCAAGACUAGGCUAAUAAUUAGCAUCGGGAAACGUAUCAUGUUAUCUAUCAAGGAAUAUCUGACAGUACAGUACAUUUUCUAUGCACAGAGAAUGAUUAACCAUCAAGCUAAUCACUAUGUACUAUGACAAACAUUUAUUGCCUUUACUCUGGGAUACUGAGUUGUUAAAAUCAAAUGGCUUUCAAGUGUUCAUAAAGACAGAGCAAAGGUUUGAGGGAUGGCUUAUGGCAAAGUGUCUGCCAUAAAAGCUGAAACAAAAAAUUUCCAUGUAAAGUUUGAGAGCAGAACAGGCCAUAUUAGAGAGACAGAUGGGGAAAAAUGAGUUAUUGGCACUGGAUAUCCAAAGAGUAAUGAGCAGAAGUACCAAAAAAAUGACAGCAAUAGCUCUCAACAAUCCUGAUCAUAUUAGUCAUCAGGAUUGUACCAAAUAAAUGAUGACAAGGGAUCUCCAAAUAGUUCCAUCCAGACUUGCUUCCUGCUUCACUUCUGGCAGGAAAGAAUUCCAGCAGCUGCAAAGAGCAUUCUCAAGUACACAAACAACUGCUGAGCACAGAAGACACCCCUUCUCCCUGCACAGAUGGUGCAGAGGAUUCAGAAACCAGUUUCUAAUACAGAUCAGCUCCUGUUGGAAAGGGACCAAUGAAUUUUGUUUAUCUAUGUUUGCUGAUUGACUUUCCAGCCUUGCUCAUGCCACUACUAGUGCAUAAUUAUUCAUUUAUAUAUUUUCACUUUAAGAAAGUAGUACAAAAUUGCAGUUCUUUUUCAUUUAAUUUAAACUCUUAUUAAGGGAUAGGAAUAUAAGAAUUAAAAGACUUCUUCAUAAGUCAGACUGUGCAUAUGGUCCUAUCUUUUACUAAGACAAACUGGGAAUAGGAAUCAUCAUAUGGUGAUGAGUGCUGAGAAUUAGCUACAGAAAGUCCUCUCCUCAACACCAUUAGUUUUCCUAUACAGAUCAUCUUACACUCAACCAGGGCUGUAAGCUGGUUUUACUUGCACAGUUAAGGAAGCACUAAGGUGGUCCAGAAACAGGUUCUCUAGACAGACAGGUACUAAUCACCAAGUCAAUGUUUUUUAGAAGCAAUAAAAAGUGUAUAAUUUUUGUACUUCUGCUCUUGACUGAAGCUUGUUACUUGCUCCACUUGCCACUAGCCAGCCUCUUCCUUAGCUCUACAGUCACCAUUGUAUAGAAUGCCUGGACACUAAUCACAAUAAUACUUCCUGUUGUAAUAAUACAGUAGUGUAUAGUCAUAUAUAUGAUAGUCAUCCAUAACCCUCUUCUACAAAGAAAGCAAUUUUUCAAUAUUUUCUCAAAACUGUUGUGAAGUUUGGCACACAGUGUUUUUGUUGUUUUGUUUAAAAAGCUACUUAGCCAGUGUAUCACUGGUAACUGUCUUCCUGAUUAAGGGUUCUGAAGAAAUCAAGUUUUGCACACACUUUUUGUUUAAUUUGGUUGAUCCUAAUAAAGGUAUCACACACUUUA